AUGGCAACGGAACUUCCAGCCGCAACGGACACCGCCGAGUCUAGCCCUACCAUUCGGCCACGAUUAACUCUCUGGCAGAUUGAUCGGGAGAUUGAUGGAGUCAUUGGACCCGAUGGAUGGCCCGCGUUCAUAAUGCUCAAAUUGUACAGCCAGUUGAAUGCAGAAUCGCAAAGCAUAAUCGCCCAAGAGCUGUUGUUGGAACACCUGGGUUUUCGACGUCUGCCUGUUGCAGAUCGGAGGCUGGCCACCCACCGUCGGCUCGAUCCUCCCCAUUCGGGUGAUUGCGACGAGUCCUCCAACUCCGGAGAACACGGGAAGGCGGAGUCAGCUGAGAUCGAUAUCUUUGCCGACCCAUGUGAGGUCAAGAAGUACUUCCUGAAGCGGUGGAUAAGUGUGGAUCGUGAUACGGACAAUGAUGCGUGGCAUAUCCGCACAAAUGACUUCAGGGAUCCCAGCCUUUACGUAGAGUGGGAUAACUAUGGGCUCUACACCACACCCGGGACGCGAGGCAUCGGCCACAACAAAAAUGGUGUCAUCCCAAGUGGCAGCAAGUCUUACAAGCCGGCGGAACUGAUCUCGUCGCAGCUUCUGCUCUACAGGCUCACCAUUGUAUUAAACAGGCCUCCUCUCGCGGAUAACAUACAGAGGGAUGGUAUCAGAUCGGCUUGGGGGUACACCCUGCAUUGGAUACCAGACGUGGUCAGAAACCAAAACGGGGACAAGGUCAUGACAAGUUCUUUUUGCAUUUUUGAACGCAAGGGUUCCGUCGCACUCACCUUUAUAGGGUCAGAGGAAGCUAGCAAGGCAGCGCUUCUAUUUUUUAAGUGGCUGGUCAGCGACAAUGUGCCGCAUCCGUGCGGUAGUAUAGUGGCAGGGAAUCAAUUUGUGGGCUCCUGUGGUGUUCCUUACUAG